ACUGUAGCUGGGGAGUCAUGGUGCUGUCGGGGCCCUCCGCCGCCGCGGAAGAGCGGCAGAGAAAGCUCCAGGAGUACCUAGCAGCCAAGGGAAAACUGAAGUGCCAAAACACCAAGCCUUAUCUAAAAGCCAAGAAUAAUUGCCCGAAGCCUCCAGCUUCUAAAUCGACUAUUAGACCUAAAAAGGAUGUUACCAACCAUGUUGCUUUGCCUGUCAAAGCUACAAGACCCAUCAGCAUUAAACUUCAGUCCAGACCUGCCAGUAUCACAGGGUCCCAGAGGCCAAAGUUGGAGCCACCAAAACUUCUGGGCAAAAAAAGGCUCACUUCAGAAUGUGUUUCUUCUAACCCAAACUGUAAGCCUUCUGGAAGUAGUCAACAACAGCAUGAAUUUGGAUCAUCCACUACUGGAAAACUGUCAAGAAAAACCAUGGGGUCACUUAAUAUACAGGAAUUGAAAACUACAAAGCAGCAGGUAACACAACAAGGAACUGCUAAAUGUACAGACUCUGUGGACAAUACCCAUGUUGAAAAUGAAUCCUUGGGUAGCUGUCUAAAAGAGAUGAAUAAAGAGAACUUGCCCCAAAUCUUACCAGACUCUGAGAGAAAGCCAAAUCCUGAAUUAGGCACCGUAAGUAAGCCAAAAACUAAUCAAACCAAGAGCAGUAUGGCUCCUACUAAAGAAGUCUUGGGCAAAAGGUCAGUGAAUAGUGCUGUUCUGAAAGAGAGAGUUAAUAAACAAUUUGUUGAAGAAACACAAAUCAGGAUUCCACCAGAGAAGUCUCAGCAACUCUCUAGAGGAACAGAUCUUGCAAGACCAGGGGGAAAACCCCCAAAAACAGUUUCCUCUCACUUUGUCCAGACACUUAACAGGACUCAAGCAUCAAAGAAAAUAGUGGUUAAGGACAUAAAGAAUAUAAAGGUUAAUAGGGGUAAGUAUGAAAGACCAAGUGAAACUAAGUUACAGUCAUGCACUGUUACUGAACAGAAAGUAAAACAUAGCAAACCCAGCACAUACCCCAAAGUGCUUCAAAGAGGGUGUAACAACAGACAUCCAAACACAAAGCAAGAUCAUAUACCCACGCAAGCUUGUUGUAGACGUCGGACAUCAUAUGUACUGCAAAAAUCAAAAGCCAUAAGCCAAAGGCCUAAUUUGACAGUUGGCAGCUUUAACUCAGUCAUUCCAAGCACCCCUAGCAUAAGAGCAAAUGGAGCCAAAGGGAAUAAAUGCAACAACAGCUGUCAACAAAAAGCACAGACUUUGGACUCCAAGUUGAAAAGGGCUCUUCCCCAGAACUGUUUUCUAAACAAGACAGCUCCCAGAACUCAAGCUGGUGGCACAACCAUAAAUGGAAGAGGACUCCCAAAUGGGACCCAAACUAAUCCAAAUAAGAAGACCACAGCAGAGGAUCGAAGGAAACAAUUGGAAGAAUGGCAGAAAUCUAAGGGGAGGAUCUAUAAACGGCCUCCUAUGGAACUUAAAACAAAAAGAAAAAUAAUAGAGGAAAUGAAUAUUUCAUUCUGGAAGAGUAUGGAAAAAGAAGAGGAAGAAAAGAAAGCACAACUUGAACUAUCCAGUAAAAUUAACAACACUCUGACAGAAUGUCUGCAGCUCAUUGAACGGGGUGUACAUUCAAAUGAAAUAUUUGCCAUUUUGUCCAGUAUUCCUGAGGCUGAAAAAUUUGCUAAAUUCUGGAUCUGCAAAGCAAAGUUGUUGGCAAGUAAAGGCACCUUUGAUGUUAUUGGGCUAUAUGAAGACGCCAUUAGAAAUGGGGCCAGACCAAUACAAGAGUUGCGGGAAGUUGUCCUUAAUAUUUUGCAAGACACAGACAGAACCACAGAAGGAAUUACCUCUGACUCUUUAGCUGCUGAAACUAAUAUAACAUCAAUAGAAAUGCUGGCCGAGAAGAUGGAGUCUGGGACGUCUUGUCUUCCUCCAAAAGAGAGGGAACAGGUUUCAGCAACACCCCAAAUAACCAAGUCAGAACAGGAUAAUCAUCCUGGUAUCAAAUUACAGAUCGCCCCGAUCCCUAGAAUAAACGGAAUGCCGGAAGUGCAAGACAUGAAGCUUAUCACUCCUGUACGGCGUUCGGCCAGGAUCGAGCGAGCAGUGUCCCACUACCCGGAAAUGCUGCAGGAACAUGACCUAGUGGUGGCUUCUCUCAGCGAACUCUUAGAAGUGGAAGAGACAGAGUGUUUUAUAUUCCGCAAAAAUGAGGCUUUGCCGGUAACAUUAGGGUUUCAAGUCCUUGAGUCGUAAUUUCUUGAUGUUUUUUUUUUUUAAAAGAGAGACGUUUCAGAGCCUCCACGAGACAAGAAAUGCACUUACCUAGGUGGCCUGGGCUUGGAAAGUAAUUCCCUGGGCUUACUCUCAGAUUUUACAUCCCCAUGGGAAAGUUUGGUUAUUUAAGACUGCAGUUUGCCACAGCUUUACAGCAUACCUAAAUUUCAAACUUUGAAAAUUAACUUACCCCACAAGUAUGGUAAAAAUUUGAAUUUUAUUGACCUACCUUAAUCCCAACAUAGUUAUUUUUUACAUCAGGAGGUCAAUUCCACAAUAUGAUACACUUUCCUUCCUGCAUCCACCUUAGCAGAGAGGGCAAGUCCUUCCAGCAUGGAAGAUCUGAGCGUAGAAACUAGCCUUCCCCGCUAGGUGGGACGUGACAGACCAUCUGGUCAAAUCCUCUCGUUUUGCA